ACUACAUCUUAUAAGUGAUCUACAACAAAAUGGCUGGAGCUGUCGUAAUAUUGUUAGUGAGUUCGUGUUCCAUAAUUCUUGGUCAUCCGCAACAUUUAUUGGAACCAAGUUGGUAUGAAAACAAUCAAAGUGGAUCUCUACCGUCUGAAGAUGUCAAUGGGGAGGAAAAUAGAGAUUCUGGUUUAGACAAUUUUGCUGAUUUGGACUUAACUCCUGAAGUAGUAGAAACGAAAGAUUCCGCAGCGGCUGGAGGAUUUAAUCUCGGUGAUUUAGAAUAUGGUCAGUGCGCACGUAUAGGAAACAUGGAAUAUUGCCACUAUAAAUGUCCUUACCGAAAUCCAUUCCUAACAGCUGCUGAUGAUGUCAUAUGUAACUGCAUGUAUGGUGUUUACAGAAUAUGUGAAAAAACAUACAAUUUUCCAAGAACUAUGAAAUCAAAAUCUGUGACAGCCAGUAGGAGAAAUUUUGGACCAUUGAUAAAAUUAUUAAAUGGAUUGAUCGGAGGGAAAAAAAAUGUAGAAGGAUUAUUCGAAAAUUUAUCAGAUAAAUCAGCAGAUACACCAUCGGUAUAUAGAAUGUUUCCCAAUGAAGGAAAUAAUUUACCAGACUCGUAUGUAGAAUCUAUUCCUUUCCCAAAACAAAAGCAUGUCUCAAAACCAAACUGUGGGAAAAAAAUAAGGAAAGUUGUUUGGCAAGAUGCUUGUGCAAAUUGAUCAAAAAAAUGUACAGAACUUUUUUUCCGGAAAUUAUUCCACUAAAUGUAGUUUGUAAUACAUGGAAUUUAAAAAAAUUAAAUAAAUGUGAU